GACUCACCUGUAGGUGGCGCAUGUCCUCUCCUCCUCAGUCAUGAAUCUGUCAGAGGGCAGAAGUCAGUAGGUAGUUCGUCGGUAGCACAGGCAGGUAUGUAAAUGUCUGAGGACAGGGAAGCCCAGGAGGAUGAGCUACUUGCUUUAGCAAGUAUCUAUGACGAGGAGGAGUUUCAUCGGGCGGAAUCUGCUCAGGGGGGAGAGAUUCAACUCUGUCUGGAGCUCCCUACUGAUUUCAAAGUAGUUUGCAAAGGAGAGAAGCAAACUGAACAUAAUGUCAGCUUCCUACCUCCUUUGGUGCUCAACUUUGAGCUUCCUGGAGACUAUCCAUCCACAUCCUCACCACUCUUCACUCUCAGCUCUAAAUGGAUGACAAGGGCACAGAUGAGCACUCUGUGUAGACGUCUGGAUGAGCUGUGGGAUGAGAAUCAGGGCUGUGUGGUUCUUUUCACAUGGAUCCAGUUCCUCAAGGAGGAAGCUUUAGACUUUCUUGGUAUCAAGUCUCCUCUAGAAGUCACCAGAGCAGGGAGUAGAGCAAAUGGUGAGCGCAGGAAAGCUGACCCAGCAGCCACAGCUCAUUUUGAAAAAGAUGAGGAGAAAAAAAGAGAAGUUAAGAAGGGAAAUCCUGAACCACAGUCGUCUUCAUCACACCUGGACCCAAGGACUGUCGUGCUGCUAGAUCCCCGUGCCGACAUUCUACCUCAGCUCCUGGACUUUGAUGAAGAGCAGCGCCAAAGGGUCUUCAAUGGGAAGGUCUUCUGUUGUGGGAUUUGCUUUGUAGAGAAGCUGGGCUCCAGCUGCCUUUGCUUUAAAGAGUGCCAGCAUGUAUACUGCAAGGCCUGCAUGUCUGAAUACUUCCAAAUCCAAAUACGGGAUGGUAACGUUCAGUGCCUUAAUUGCCCUGAGCCCAAAUGUUCCUCUGUAGCCACACCAUUGCAGGUGAAGCAGCUGGUAGAUGAGGAGCUAUUUGCCCGUUAUGACCGUCUACUUCUCCAGUCCAGUCUGGACCUCAUGGCUGAUGUGGUCUACUGUCCUCGCCAGUCCUGCGGCACUGCGGUCAUGGUAGAACCAGACACAACCAUGGGCAUUUGUUCAGCAUGUCAGUAUGCUUUCUGUACACUGUGCAAGCUGGGCUAUCAUGGCGUCUCCCACUGUAAAAUUAAUGCAGAUGAACUACGUAACCUCAGAGAUGAUUACCUGUCAGCCACUACCGAGGGCAAAAAGUUCAUGGAGCAGCGGUUUGGAAAGAGGGUGAUUCAGAAAGCCGUCGAGGAGUCCUUUAGCAGAGACUGGCUGAAUGAGAACUGUAAAUGUUGUCCACGUUGUGGCACAAACAUACAGAAAGUUGAUGGCUGCAACAAGAUGACCUGCACUUCCUGUAAACAAUAUUUCUGUUGGCUGUGCCUGGGCGUCCUCAGCAAAGUCAACCCAUACAGUCACUUUAACAACCCACAUUCGCCCUGUUACAAUCAACUCUUUCACGGUGUGGAUCCAGAUGAGGAAGAUGCCUUCUGGAGUGAUGAAGAGGACUGAUCAGUGCAGUACCUGUCCCCGCUGUAUGCUCUUUCUGAAUGCACUUUAUCUCACACAACCAUCACUUCACCUGUGACACUCACUGUGUAUAGGUGAAAAUAGUUUAAUAUAUGCUUUACAAAGAUUCAACAUUCAAGCGCAUACUGUGUACUAAUAGAGUCUAUGGUUCGACAGCCAUGAAAUAAUGACAUUUCCUUUUUAAGAUCAACAAGGGCACAUUGUGGGAUAUAUGGAUAGGUAGAAAAAGGAUAUGAAGAGAUGUCUGUAUUGACAGAAAAAAAAACUGUUGGAUUCAAUCAAGCUUUGCAGAAUUAGUUUUUGCGAUUCAUUUAACUACUCAUGGAUUUAUUAUAUCAAAUGGCUGUUUUGGAAGAACUAAUGAUUUUCAGUUUAGUCGGCUCAGACUAAGCAUUUCUGUUCCGUCUCAGAUCUGAUGACAGAGACACUACAUUUGGCUUUCAUUGUUAUUUGCUGUUAAGUCUCUAACUCUAAGCACAGCUAAGCCUCCUUAAAUUAACCUCAAGGCGAGUAUUUCAGUGAGUUUGUUAAUGUAUGUGUCAGCUUUGAUACGCAUGUACUGUUAGUAAGGGAUUCAGUACAAAACAGGCAAACUUAGAGGGUUCUUUGUCCCAGCUACAGAAAAUUGUGAUUGUUUUUAGAUAGAGAUCAAUGAUCUUUGGUUAAGUAUUAAAAUGGGAAACCCUUAAUGCCUGUUAAGUUUACAAAUCUAAAAUAACUUCUUGAAAUAUUUUCAUGGUGUGCCUGCGAGGGUCUGUUCAUCCGUGGCCAAUCCUCCGAUGGAGUGAAUGUUCUUUUCUUAAUGAGUUGUGUGGGGUUCAGCUUUACAAAAUGUUGGAGGAGAGAUGUUCUUACUUUGUGUUCACAGCCGUUUACGAAUUAAAUUAAACCAGGCCGUUUUUCCAAAUUCUCCAUGUUUGUCGUAGACACUGUAACUGUAAAGUUGCCAAAUAUUCUAAUCUAGGGAAAGUGAUAGAAAUGGAGUACAAUAGUGAUAAUGUCAAGGCAGGAAUAUUUUUCAUUUGCUCAAAAAGGAGCCUGUACCAUACAAGCACCACUGUUAGAACCACUGAAGAACCUCUCCUGCCCUAAAUGAUCUGGGCUCCACUGAUUUUGUUUAGUUUUUGUACUCGAUGCCAGUCUGGACAGUCUGAAUAUAUUAUGCAUUCUUGUUAAGGUAAGAAACGCACAUGGAAUCAGUUUCCCUUCAACAAACACCCAAUUCAUAAUGAUAACGUACAAAAUCCAGUUGUUUAUAAAAAAGGCCUUCAGAAUCCUGUCUGAAUGCAUCCAGCAUACUGUUUCACAGAAUAAAAGUUACCACUGAA